CGCAGCAAGGUCGAAGGCAAUUGCGUUGAAUUGCGUCUUUUUGAGGAGCGUGCGUAGUCCGUGUACAGAAUACGUGCUGUAUGCAUUGCGUACGCACUGAUUUAUAAUGGAGUAACGAACCCGGACAGGUCCCAGUUUAAGGUUGGUUAUCGUUAUCGCCCUCCAGGAAAAAGAAAGCUGAAGCGAGGGCACCCAUCCAAUACCAUCAUUUUCUUUUAGGUCAUCCCAGCUCCAGCCUCUCGUGCAGUUCCUCCCCCAAUCGAAAUGAUUCACCUGCAACCUUCGCGGCAACCGAGCCAUUCCAGCUUGACAACCGCCGGCGACACGAGCCAUGGCUGAGACACAAACGAAGUUUCCCGAGGUGCAAGGCGGCGGGAGCUUGAUCGUCGCCUGGCAGGUCAAAGGCAAGAGGGUUCUCGUCGUGGGCGGGGGCGAAGUUGCCGCCGGCCGCAUCCUCAACUGCCUCAAUGCCGACGCCCUCGUGACCGUCGUCGGCCCGGCCUCGGGCCUCAACCCCGAGGUCGCGCACCGCGUCGCGCAGAAGCAGGUCGCCCACAUCGACCGCAAGUUCGAGCCGUCGGACCUCGACGGCGCCGACAUGGUGCUAGUGGCGGUUGACGACCCACAGGCGUCGACGGCCAUCUGGAAGCUGUGCAAGGAGCGGCGCAUCCCCGCCAACAUCGCCGACGUGCCGCCCGAGUGCGACUUCUACUUUGGCAGCGUGCACCGCGACGGCCCGCUGCAGAUCAUGGUCAGCACCAACGGCAAGGGCCCGCGGCUGGCCAGCACCAUCCGCAAGUUCAUCGCGAGACAGCUGCCGGGGGACGCCGGCCGCGCCAUCGAGACGGUCGGCCAGCUGCGCGUCAAGCUGCGGCAGCUGGCGCCGCGCUCCGAGGACGGGCCGCGGCGCAUGGCCUGGAUGACGCAGGUCAGUGACGCCUACACCUUCGACGAGAUGUGCGGCCUGACCGAAGAGGACAUGCACAACCUGCUGCGCUACUACCCUUCGGGCCGGGUGCCGUCGCUGGACGUGCUCAAGGCGAUGCGUGGUAACGCAGACGUGGUCCGCCUGGACGUGUUUGACGGGUCGUUUGGGUUUAGUGUCGGUGCUUGAACACCUACCUAGGCACCUUUUAAAUGUGAUUUGGGCGUUGGGCAGCAUUCGACGGAUUGAUACCAUGGGCCGACAGAUUGCAUACACACUACAGAGUGUAGAGAAUUACCGCGCUAGUAAAAACCGAGGCAUAUAAUACAAAACACUUGUAACAUACCAUCCUAGCUCUCUCUCGGGCUCGCAGUCAUUGUAUGGACGUGUUACGCGUUUACCACUGGGUUGCAACUCCAAUGUUCUUCUAUCCACGCCAAGGUAUGAUGUGAGCUAGAUGUGUUUUAUGUAAACAGAGAAGUCAACGACUUUCAUUCAA